UCAUUUUCGCCCGCCGUCGAGUACCAUCUCCUCGGCAUCCGCUCGCUCUCGCUCGAGAUCAUCUCCGUCGUCCGCUCGCGUCCGACUGCCUUUGCGAUAGUAUUGCCUUGAAAGGCAGCCAUCCGGGCUACCUCCGAAUCGAAUUCGGCUUCGACCUCAACCUCGACCGACCCUCGAAUCUCGACUAGUCUUCACAGCAUACCGCAGCCAUGGCCAGCAACCAAGUCCUCCCCUCGAAGGAGCAGACUUUGUUCAGGCAUCUGGUCCAAAACUACGAAUCGAAGCAAUACAAGAAAGGUCUCAAAGUCGCAGAACAAAUCCUCCGCAAGCACCCAAACCAUGGCGACACACAAGCCAUGAAGGCAUUGAUUCUCAACACAACGGGCAAGCAGGAUGAAGCAUUCGAGCUUUGCAAGCUCGCGCUGAAGAACGCCAUGAAGUCACAUGUCUGCUGGCAUGUGUACGGUCUGCUGUAUCGCAGCGUGAAGAACUAUGAGGAGGCCACGAAAGCGUAUCGAUUCGCACUGAAACUCGACCCGGAGAGCCAGCAGAUCCAGCGCGAUCUUGCGCUUAUGCAAGUGCAGACACGAGAUUAUGCGGGAUUUGUGUCGAGUCGCAAUGCCAUGCUGCAGUUACGGCCGGGGAUCCGGCAAAAUUGGACGGCGUUGGCGGUAGCUCUGCACCUCAACGGCGAGCUGGAGAAAGCUGAGAAUGUGUUGGUGCAAUAUGAGGGGACCCUGAAGACACCACCAAGCAAGACGGACAUUGAACAUUCAGAAGCAUGUCUGUACAAGAACCAAGUCAUUGCGGAGACAGGGAAUUACGAAAGAGCAUUGGAACAUUUGGAGGAAAUCUACAAGAACUCGUUGGAUCGAACGGCAGUCAUGGAGCUCAAGGCGGAGUACUUGCUAAAGCUGGACAGGAAGGCAGAUGCAGAAAAGGCAUAUCGUGCGUUGUUGGCGAGGAACAAUGAGCAAAGAGCGUACUAUCAAGGACUGGAGAAGGCGCUGAGUCUGGAUAGAGAAAAGAGCGAAGAUCAGGAGAAGUUGAAGGAGCUCUACCAGAGUUUCGCGGACAAGAGCCAGCGACUCGAUGCGGCCAGACGGAUACCAUUGGACUUCCUCCACGGCGAAGCAUUUCGAACACACGCCGACACGUAUCUCCGACGGAUGUUCACGAAGGGUGUGCCCAGCACUUUCGCCAACAUCAAGCAGCUAUACGCAGAUCCGAAAAAGCGUGCAACAUUUGAGGAGCUGGUCGAGGGAUACGCAAAGGAGGAGCCGCAAACCAAUGGCAGGGUGGACGGCUCGCACAAGACGAAUGGUGAUAGCAAAGCGGCCACAAACUGGUCGCUCAGCGUCAACUACUUCCUCGCACAACACUACAACUACCCAAUCUCGCAAAACCUCCCGAAAGCGCUGCAAUACAUCGAGAAGGCCAUUUCACUAAACCCAUCCGAGACCGACUACACAUACCACAUGACCCGUGCACGGAUAUUCAAGCACCAAGGAAACUUCGCCGCCGCUUCCACAGCCAUGAACGCAGCGCGCGAGAUGGAUCUUCGAGAUCGGUACAUCAACACGAAAUGUGCCAAGUACCAAUUGAACAACGACGACCACGAUGCGGCUGUUCAGACCAUGGGCCUGUUCACUCGGAAAGAAGCCACGGGCGGUCCUGUUGGUGAUCUGCUCGAUAUGCAGUGUGUGUGGUUCUUCAGCAGAGACGCAGAGGCAUGUCUUCGACAAGGGAAUCUCGCCUUUGCUUUGAAGCGCUUCGCCAACGUCUACGACAUGUUCGAAAUCUGGUUCGAUGAUCAAUUCGACUUUCACACUUUCAACUUCCGAAAAGGCAUGAUUCGCGCAUACGUCGAUAUGGUCAGGUGGGAGGAUCGGUUGAAGGAGCAUCCUUUCUUCACUCGUGUGGCGUUGGCAGCGGUCAAGGUAUACCUCAUGCUGCACGACCAGCCGGAGCUCGCAAAGGGCCAACAAAAUGGCACGGCCGAGAGUGCAGCAGAGCGGAAAAAGGCGGCGAAGAAGGCAAAGAAGGAAGCCGAGAAAGCAGAGGCGGAGCGGAAGGCCAAUAUUGCGAAGCAGAGCCAACCAAAAGCUGCCGAUGCAGAGGAGAAGCCUAAGACUGAUACCGAUCCGAAUGGUGCUGAGGCCCUCAAGAAGGCUGGUGAGAAGCCACUCGAGGAGGUGAUGAAGUUCUUGACUCCUCUUCUCGAGAUGAGCCCGAAGAAUGUGGACGGUCAAGUCGCAGGGUUUGAAGUCUACAUUCGACGACAAAAAUACCUCCCCGCCCUCCGCUGCCUUAUCGCCAUUCAGAAUCUCUCGCCGAAUCAUCCAAGAGUCCACGAGUUCUCCGCGCGCCUAUCACUCGCCCUCUCAUCGGCCACUCUGCCGGAACAACCCCAAACUACCAUCAAAGCUCUCUUCCACGACAACUCAGCUCUUCCCUCCAACAUCGACGAUGCCGCAAACGAGGACUUCCUCAAGAAGAACAAGUCAAGCGCGAGACAUGUAUUCGCCGCGAUCAAAGUGCGCCACAUGUUACAAAAAGGCGAGAGCAGCGCAGCAGUGAAGGAGAGCAAUUUGAAGGAUCUCCUUGCGACGCUGGAGCAGAAAGAAACGACAUUAGAGGAAGCCACGGAGGGUCUGGGCGUUUUACAGCAGAGUGGAUUGGGAGAGGAGAGGGAGAAGUACCGGGCUGCGGCGGCGAAGAGAUGGCCUGAAGCGAAGGUAUUUGAAGGCGGAGAGUUGGCCGCGGCAAAGUAA